GAACCCAGGAGAAGCGCCUUAAGGAGUGGCACUUUUUAAAAGUGCAGCCCUAAGGCCACCCAGUAUCCGCUCCUACCUUAGUUUAGUUACUUGUUGGGUCCGAUCCGGUCCCUGUGUGCGCCCAGCUCUCCUCACUGAGAACCCAAACCCAGCCCAGCCUAAUUUCCACUAUGCCGGUCAAAGGAGGUACCAAGUGCAUUAAAUAUCUGCUGUUUGGAUUUAACUUCAUCUUUUGGCUUGCAGGAAUUGCGGUCCUUGCCAUUGGCCUAUGGCUCAGAUUUGACUCCCAAACGAAGAGUAUCUUUGAGCAGGAAGAGAACAAUUCCAGUUUCUACACAGGUGUUUAUAUCUUGAUUGGGGCUGGUGCCCUCAUGAUGCUGGUAGGUUUCCUGGGCUGCUGUGGUGCUGUGCAGGAGUCACAAUGCAUGCUGGGCUUGUUCUUUGCCUUCCUGUUGGUGAUUUUUGCUAUCGAAAUAGCUGCUGCCAUCUGGGGUUAUUCUCACAAAGAAGAGGUGAUUAAGGAGAUCCAGGAAUUUUAUAGGGAAACAUACAACAAAAUGAGGACCAAAGAAGGCCCCUACAAGGACACCCUCAAGGCCAUACACCAUGCGCUAAAUUGUUGUGGUUUGACUGGAGUUUUGGAUCAGUUGAUCACAGACACCUGCCCCAACAAGGACUUGGUCACAGCAGUAACUAUAAAGCCUUGCCCAACAGUCAUCGAGGAAGUCUUCAACAAUAAAUUCCACAUCAUUGGAGCUGUCGGCAUAGGGAUUGCUGUUGUGAUGAUCUUUGGCAUGAUUUUCAGUAUGAUUCUAUGCUGUGCUAUCCGGAGGAACCGAGAUAUGGUCUAGAGUCUUUGCUUUCAUCCCCUGAGCAGGAAAGUCUGCCCUCUAGAACUGUUCUGUUUGUGUCUUGUUUUGUUUGCCACUAACUUUAGUAUUCAUUCUGCAUUUUUAAAUGGACAAAGUUGUUCUAUAUUUGUUAUCUUUUUAAUACCUUAUUUGAUAUCAAUGUUUGUAGUUGAGGGUUUUUUGGUUUUUGCUUUUACGGUCAAAGAAAUCCUGCAAUGAAAGGUACUAUAUUUGCUAGACUCUAGUUAAAGAUAUUGUACAGAAUAAACGACCAUGUUGGCCUUUAAAUAGAUAAAAAAAAGUCUUAUCUCAGAUUUAAUCAGGAUGUAACUUAUGUUGAAGACAAUUUCAUACAUAAUAAAGAUUAUGACAAUAAA